CAUUAUUCAUAUUAUAAUUGGACUUGUGAUAAUCAGAUUUUUACACAACAAAUGCUACAUGAUGUGUGAUUUUCGAUCUAUAAUUUCACCACAUUUCCAUCACGAUCUUACGGUCUACAACGUAUUCUGCCUGAGGGUUGUGUCAAUUAUUUGAUUGUGUUAAUUUGUGAAUUUAUAUUCCUCGUCGAUAAUGACUUUGUAUCAUUUCGGGAACUGUGUCACUUUAUUAUAUGUACCUCAUUAUUUAACAUAUAAGUAUGCGAACUUAUCUGAAUAUGGAGCAUUUUGGAAGUGCAUACAAGGCGGUAUUAUCUACGCAUUUACACAACUGUGUAAAAUGUUGAUCUUGGCAACAUUUUUUCCUGCCAACGAAGCAUCUAUUAACACUAUAAGUUUAUCGAAUUUUUUCAAAAGUUCCAUUGACUUAGCAGAUAUUGCUGGGAUUUACUUUAUACUACAAAGUAUUCCAGGUAAGGGACAUGCCAAAGUAAUGACUGCUGGUAUUGGAUGGGCGGGCGCUGAAAUAUUAUUAACAAGAUUUCUUCUAUUAUGGGUGGGAGCAAGAGGCACUGAAUUUGAUUGGAAGUACACUCAAAAGUGUCUAGAAUCUAAUAUAAAUUUGAUGCAUCAUAUAAUGACUGCUGCAUUAGUUUGGCUAUGGUCCAGACAUGAUUUAUCCAAAUUAAAAUCAAAUUUUUCACCAUUUGCUGCUGUCACCAUUCUUCUAUUACUGUCUGUAUACCGUACAGUGGUUAUUGAUUCUAUUGCUGCUUGGCUUUUAAUUGAUCCUUGGUCAGUAAUUGGCAUUAAAGGAAUUUAUACAAUUGUUCUUGGUUUAGUUAUGUUAAAAUACUAUACUAGACUCUCAACAUUAAUUGGAAUGUAUUGAAAAGAUAAAAAAAAACAAGUUUUCAAAAUAAAAAUAUUUGUAUACUUAAUA